CACGCGACGGACGUUGUUAUUGAAGCCACUACAGCGUGGUAGAAGCCACUUCAAGGUGGUGCUGUUCCAUGGCUUGUGUGCGUUCCUGCUGCACUAUGCCGGAUGCAUUUUAACGUCCGUCAAUUGUCGCUCGUGUAUCGCAAGCCCAGCACUAUGCGUCCAAGCGUAAUGCCUGGCUUGCAACGAGACACCAGAAAGGGCUCGACGAGCGUUCUUUGAUUUCAAAAUGAUUUCAUACAUCGAUAUUACCACAAUAUCUGGAAUAUUAAAUGGCAUUUAAUGGAAACUAUUCUGUAUUGCAAAGUAUUUUACCAUUAUUUGGAGGUUGUACAACAGUACAACUGAAGCACUAGCCGUUUCUGAUAACUGAGGAGAGCUCGGAAUUUCUGGAACUCUUAUUUCCUAGGUGACCCGAUUACUGAGAUGUUUUGGCCAAACGCUUUGGUUUAAAAUAGCCUGCUGAUUUCGUGUAUCCGCUGUGAAUUAAAUUGGCAAUGCACAUUUUAGAAUCAUAAUCGCGGGAAUUUAUGUAAUUAUUUUACAGUGAUAGCGAGCAGUGUGAGGAUUUAAAUUAGCUCUGUUAAGAAAGGUUCAUUGUGUCAUACCCUUCAACUGAAUUUUAUAGUGUAUGUUAAAGUAAGGGAACUGAAAAUUGGAAUGGAGAAAGAAUUAGAAAGUACUUCAAUGGAAGAAGAAGUUGUAGUGAAGAAGAAUAGUAAAGAAGACAAAAACAGAAAAAGCAUUGACCAAGUUUUAAAGGCACUUAAUAGUUUAGAUUCAACAGAAGAAAAACUUGCAGCUAUGUGUAAAAAGUAUGCAGAAAUUAUUGAUGAGAAUAGAAAAUUACAGGUUUCAUUGAAGCAGGCAGAGAAACGAAUAAUAUUUGUUCAACGAGAGAAAGAGUCAUUGCAGGCAGAACAUAGUAAAGCUGUACUUACACGAAGCCGUCUAGAAAGCUUAUGUCGGGAACUUCAACGACAGAACAAGGCAGUGAAGGAUGAAAGUUUAUUAAAAAUUCGUGAAGAAGAGGAAAAGCGCAAAGAAGUUUCGGCCAAAUUUCAGAGUACCUUAGCAGAUGUCACUAGUCUUAUGCAACAGAAUAAUGAAAAGAAUAGCAAACUUCAUGAAGACAACCUUGAGAUGACCAAAAAAUUCAAAAGUGUUUGUGAACAGUAUGAACUUCGAGAACAGCAAGUUGAAAAGAUUUCCAAACAACUUCAAUUGGAGAGCAAACUUGCUGAUGCUCGUCUUGCAAAAACGAAAUUGGAAAUGACUGCAGAAAAAGAAGUAUUGUUGAGGGAAAAGCAAGAAUUAUUAUUGGAGGUGACUGAAUGUCAGGCUAAAAUCAAAGAUAUGCAACAAACAGAAACUAAUUUAAGAGGUCAAAUAAGUUUAUAUACUAGCAAAUAUGAUGACUUCCAGAAUGCUUUAAGUAGAAGCAAUGAAAUUUUUGAAGGCUUUAAAGGCGAAAUGGAAAAGAUGUCAAAGAAAAUCUGUAAACUAGAGAAAGAAACAUCAUCGUGGAAACAACGCUGGGAAAAGAGUCACCAAGCAUUGCUUGAGAUGGCAGCAGAUAAACAACAGCGAGACAGUGACUUGGCUUUAGCUACAAAACAAAUUGCUCAACUUCAGAAAUUAUGCCGCACUUUACAAGUUGAGAGAACCUCUCUUUUGGCUCAACUGAAAAACAAUAUUAAUAAUCCUCCAGGACAAGAACCCACAUUAAAUUCUAGUGAAGCUACAAAUGAAGUACAAAUGUGUGAAGAGAAUAAGACAAAAAAUUGCAGCUCUGAUGAAGCAUCUGUAACUGUUGAUGAAGUUCCUGACAUCCCUAUUGGCAAAGAAGGUGGGCCUAGUGAAGAACAGUGAUAGCGAGAUCCAGAGACAAUUUUUAAAUCCUUGUGUAUAGUAUUUGUCUUAGGUCCAAAUUAAUAUUCACUAUUGGUUGGUCAUUCAAGUGACAGUGUCAUUUGAUUUUCAGUGGAAUCUCGUUUUAUUUGUAAUGUUUUGUGAUGAAGAACAUACACACAAUUUUAGUAAAAUGUUGUAUAUGAAAAUUUGUAUUUGUUUUACUAAAAAUUAAAUUAAUUAGAAAUUUUGAGAAAUCUGAAAUGAAUUUGUACUCGGAUGCAACUGAAUGUAUGUUUUCCAUUGAAAUAGAAAAAUAACUGAGGUAUUU